GCCUAGCGCACUGGCGCUCUCUACCCAGGAAGAGAGUGCGUUGUGACGUUCAGCUGUAUGCAAAACGACAGGAAUUCACAUUACGGAAAAGUGGCAAGACACAUAGCUAGCUAGCUUGUAAUCAAUCUACAAAAAUCUAGCUAGCUAGAUUAACGAGGUGUAAUUAAGGCAAAACCAAAAGGCAACCUGGAAGAAGCGGGUGUACCCAAAAUAUCCACGCAGCAUGGAUUUUAUAUAACUCCGGCAAGAUGUGAGGAGAUGACCCAGGAGAAAAAGAAAGAGACCAACCGCAUUAUGUUGGUCAAAAAAAUAAUAAUGAAAGAUGGGAGCACACAGCAGGGUAUUGGCAGUGCCAGCGUGACCCAUGCUGUGGUGGUCAUUUUUUUGGAGUUCUUUGCCUGGGGUUUGCUCACAACUCCAAUGCUGACGGUUCUACAUGAAACGUUUCCACAACAUACGUUUCUAAUGAACGGUCUCAUUCAGGGUGUAAAGGGCCUGUUGUCCUUCAUGAGCGCUCCUUUGAUUGGAGCCCUCUCGGACGUGUGGGGCAGGAAGUCCUUCCUGCUUGUCACUGUGUUUUUCACCUGCGUCCCAAUUCCCCUCAUGAGGAUAAGUCCCUGGUGGUAUUUUGCUAUGAUAUCUGUAUCUGGAAUAUUCUCCGUCACGUUCUCAGUAAUAUUUGCAUAUGUAGCAGAUGUCACUGAGGAACACGAGAGAAGCACUGCCUAUGGACUGGUUUCUGCGACAUUUGCUGCAAGCCUGGUAACGAGUCCAGCGAUCGGUGCCUACCUCUCUACUACCUACGGGGAUAACAUGGUGGUGCUGGUGGCAACAAUCAUUGCCCUGAUAGACAUCUGCUUCAUCCUCCUGGCCGUGCCUGAGUCACUGCCGGAGAAGAUGAGGCUAGCAUCAUGGGGCGCCCCCAUCUCCUGGGAGCAAGCUGAUCCCUUCGCUUCCCUGAGGAAAGUGGGGAAGGACUCCACAGUCUUGCUCAUCUGCAUCACCGUGUUCCUGUCCUAUUUGCCAGAGGCAGGGCAAUACUCGAGCUUCUUCCUCUACCUGCGACAGGUCAUUAACUUCUCAUCCACAGCAAUUGCGGCAUUUAUAGCGGUUGUGGGUGUCCUUUCUAUCUUAGCACAGACGGCGUUCCUCAGCGUUUUAAUGAGGUCGAUUGGGAAUAAGAACACAGUGCUGCUUGGGCUCGGCUUUCAGAUGCUCCAGCUGGCUUGGUACGGUUUUGGAUCAGAACCAUGGAUGAUGUGGGCAGCGGGCGCCGUGGCAGCGAUGUCCAGUAUCACUUUCCCAGCGGUCAGUGCCCUGGUGUCCCGCAGCGCAGAGGCAGACCAGCAGGGAGUGGUGCAGGGUAUGAUAACAGGGAUACGAGGCUUGUGCAAUGGGCUGGGCCCUGCACUGUUCGGGUUCAUCUUCUUCCUCUUCAACGUGGAGAUCGACCCAGUCCAGAGUGACAAGACUACUCCUUUACACCCCACUGAUGAGAGCUCAAUGAUCCCAGGCCCGCCCUUCCUGUUUGGAGCCUUCUCGGUGCUCGUGGCUUUCCUCGUGGCCUUAUUCAUCCCCGAACACCGCAGCGUGGCCGUGAAGACCUGCAACGCCCGCAAACACAGCGGCAGCGCCGGCGCGGGCCAGAGCAACACUCCCCUGCCGGGCAGUGACGAGGACAUCGAGCCCCUGCUGCAGGACAGCAGCGUGUGACGGGGGGGAGGGGUCGGGAAGGGAAACGUGCAGACCAGGGCCUGCCCCGGCCCUCAGCACAGAGGAGCCUCGGUGGAGAUGGGACAAGGAGAGCGAGGAGGGGGAAAACCUAACGCCCCCACCUACCCAUCUCAUCUCCACUGCAAAAGAGCAAGCCCUCGCAGGGAACAAAGUAUUUGUGAAAGGUGUAUUUUACUUUUGCAACUAAUAUGAACCGUUUAGGUAUGUCGUUAUCAAUGUGGAGCUUUGAAUCCAUUCUCUGUAUGGUUUGGAGCAGGUCAAGGGAGACUGGGGAUCUGUUGGUUGGCAGUGUUGGGCCUAGUUUGUCCUCACUGGCAUUGUGUUUUAGAGAUAAAGCGGUUAACAUCAUCUGAUGUUUUCUGCUUCAAGAAGAUAUGGUCCUGAUCAAGGUAUAUGGCAUUCCAAGAAGCUGUCAUUGAUUCUGGACACCCUGGUUUUUGUUAACAAUUUGUCUAAUUAGACAGUGCAUGGAGGUGGGAUAUCAUAAAUAGGCUGAAGAUAAAUUGGUCUUCAAGUUACAUUUCAAAAGUUACAUUCAUAUCCUCCAUUAGCUUUGAUUUAAUAAGCCUUACAACAAAUAUUAAGUUGUAUUUACAUCCAACAACUUAUGUAGGUCAGAAAUGUAAGUGGCUGGUCACCCACAUACCCUUCAAGGCCAGUCAUAAUUGCAUCACAACUACAGGUCCACAAACUACCGCUUAGUUACUCUGUUAAAAGCAUUUUCACUGAAGCAUAUCACAAGGAACCAUUGGUUUCCUGGCUUCAUGCUCUUUUCUUUACCUAGAGGGGCUGAGCAGCAGUGGAAAGCUUGAGGUGAAAGUAUAGAUGUUUACUAAAUGGUCAAUUCUAUGCAUCACUCUAUAUUUUCAGCUCAAUCUGUGAUACUAAGUAUCCCACUAC